AGAUGAAGUUCUUGUUGCUGGUCGCGAUAGCUGUCUCGAUAGCAUCGGUGGAGAGCAACCCGCUCCCGCAUCCUCUGAAAUUGCUGGUUCCCGUCGACCCCGAUUACGGCGUCGUUCGCGCGGCAAGGAGAGACGCCGCGAGCGAUCCGGCAGGAGUCGCGAGCCGCUCGCACCUCGCGAAGAGGGGCAUCUGGGAUAUGAUCAGCCAAUUCUUCCACGAUGUCCCGAUGGGUUAUCUCAGCGACAUGGCCGUCGGUGGGAAACUAAUGGGGAGCAAGGUCUUGGACGACCUGGGAAAGAGAUCGAUCCGGGAAGGACACCGCCUCGAGAAGAGAAACAUCUUCUACGACCUGUUCAACAUGCUGGUAGGAAACAUCGAAGGCGCUGUAACCGGCAUGGACAUCAUUUGACGAGACACGACCGUCUUCCUCGUCCACGAUAUUUCUAUCGACGAUCCGUAGAACGAUCGCGUCGCUUAGUUUUCUGAAAAUUCUGCAAAUCUUUCGUAGAUAAAUAAAACGAACCCGUUUAUCCGAGAA